AUGGAGAGCCUUCAGUUGUCCCAGGUGCUCGCCGACCUGAGUAACCUUGGAGCUGCGGAACCUGAAGCCGCAGCUGCCAUAGUUAGCGCGAACAUCCCCACCAUGAGAACCGACGUCGUCAAGCCGGAGAGCGCCGUCGCGUCCGCUAUUCAGGCCCAGCAGUCUCAGUCGCGUCCUUCCUCGUCGAUGAAGCGGACCUUUUCCGCAGAAGGCGGCGUUCCGCCCAAGUUCGACAAGUUGGGCCGGCGUAUCCUCAUCAGCUCGUCCGGCUCGCGCCCCGGCUCCGCGACCAGCUCGAUCCCGGGCACUCCCCGCCGGGUGGACUCGGACGUGGAUGACGACCUCGAACGGGCCAGCACUCUCAUGGCCCUCUACGACAUCCGCGCCAAGAUUAAGCAGCAGGACAACAGCAGCCUCAUGAAGGCCCGCGAGAAGAUCAACGCCCUGGCAGCCAAGCAGCAGGCCCAGCAAGCGGCGGAGCGCAACCUGCGGGCCGCGGAGGAGAUGCGGCGAAACCGCUACUCGUUCCCAAAGUCUGGCCUCUAA